GGAAUAGAAGAGGAUGAAACCCCGGACCAAGUACGCUCUGCUCAGCCAAAUCCUAAUGCCAAGCUGAAGGUGUAUAUGGAUCAUUUUGAAGCAAAGUUUCUUCGAGAAACGGAAAACUACUAUGCUAAUGAAGCUCAAGCUUUUCUAGAGAAUAAUCCACUCACGGAGUACAUGAAAAAGGUUGAAAGAAGGCUUGAGGAUGAGCGCGCUCGAUGUGAUAUGUACCUUCAUAUGGCCACCCAAGAGCCUCUUUCAAAACGUUGCGAGAAGGUAUUGAUUGAAGCGCAACUGGAACUCUUUCAAAGCGAGUUUGGCGCCCUACUUGAAGCAAAUAAGGACGAUGAUCUUGCUAGGAUGUACAAGCGCACACCUGGGAUGGGUGCCUCAGUCGUUCUGAAGAAAGAUUUCGGCCUGUUGUGCAAUAUGUCUUUCUAG